AUGGAUAACAUGCAAAAGAUAUUCAAAUCACUGCCCAAGGAGUUUCCAAAAUUGUCCAAGUAUGGGGAGUGCUCCAAGACAAUGCUCACCGAUAAGUUCUGCACCGGGAAUUACAAGCUCGACAAGGAUGUUUCUGAGCAAUACACACCUGUGGAUGCUUACAGUACAGCCUACAACCGAUACAGCUUCACCUUAAACUGGAAGAAGUCCGGGAACAAGAAGUGCACGAACCAAUGCCGGCAGAUAUUUGAUGAAGGAUUCACAACGAGCACCUCGUGCACUUACGACUCUCACACAAUGGCUCACAAUGGUACCCUCUCUCUCGACUGCGGAACAGCCAGUUUCGAGAUCUUCAACCCGGACACCGCAUCCAAAGGCCCAAGCUGUAAGCACACCGCCACCGAGAUCCCGUACAACGUAUUCUCCGGAUCCGACGGCAUCAUAUAUAAGGAGUUCUGCCGAAAGUGGAACCCGAAGUCGGGCCUGCGCAUGGUGGUCGACUCUGAGGGCACCUCGAAGAUCCCCAACCCGCAACUUGACAAGCGCACGCCACCGGCCACCCAGAAUAAAUGGCUCAACUGUAACUUCGACCUCCGAUUCCAGCCCGAGACGGGCGCUCAGGCCGGCGCGCAGUGCAAGGUCACCUGCGAGGACGCCUUCGCCGCGUUCCCUGCCUCCAAGUGUGGACAGAAUGGCGGCCAGGGCAACUCCAUGGCGCGGUCCGGAGACAAUUCCGUGCGAAGGAGACCGGCGAAUAUCGGUUGA